CCGGGUCGUCGACCCAACGCCGCUUUCUCUGCGGCGGCUGGAGAGGUACUCCGGGCGAGUAGGUGCCUCCUGCUGGGUUCCUGGCCGACCCAAUUCUUUCGGCUCCGAGGCGGGAAGCGCCUUUUCCACAGUGAGCCACAGCUGCUCCCCACCUCUACAGGAGACUCUCCAAUACCAGCAGGUAGUGUUUGUUCUAGAUGCCUGGUUUACUUCAGUGAACAAAAACAGACCAAAGUCCCUGCCCUGGAUAUCAAUGCAAGCCUGAAUAAGAAAAAGAAUUUCUCCCUCCUAAGCCAUGGCAUAUCAGUUGUACAGAAAUACCACUUUGGGAAACAGUCUUCAGGAGAGCCUCGAUGAGCUUAUACAGUCUCAACAGAUUACCCCCCAACUUGCCCUUCAAGUUCUACUUCAGUUUGAUAAGGCUAUAAAUUCAGCGUUGGCACAGAGGGUCAGGAACAGAGUCAAUUUCAGGGGCUCUCUAAAUACAUACAGAUUCUGCGAUAAUGUGUGGACUUUUGUAUUGAAUGAUGUUGAAUUCAGAGAGGUGACAGAACUUAUUAAAGUGGAUAAAGUGAAAAUUGUAGCCUGUGAUGGUAAAAAUACUGGCUCCAAUACUACAGAAUGAAUAGGAAAAAAAUGGCUUUUUAAUGCCAUCCUGUUAUUGUUCAUCAGUUUUUGAAGAGAAGCAUAGAAGAGACUUUUUUUUUUAAUUUAUUCUAGCAUUGCAGAAAUGACUACACUGUGCCGUACUAUCAGAGAAUUCCAGUAGAAAGAAGCUUAUAAUUCUGUACCUUCUUACAUUACCUUAUUAUACAGCAUGAAGAAACAGAACUUUUUUUUAACAACAAAUCAAACAUUGUGGCCUUCCUAAGACCAUUCUUUAAUAAAUUCAUUUUAAAACUCAA